AAUAACUUAUCUGGGUCUGUCCCAGAGUUCCUACAAGAUUUGAAGUUUCUUUUUGUUUUGGACCUUUCUUACAAUCACUUCCAUGGUGAACUCCCUGUAAAAGGGGUGUUUACAAAUUCAUCUGCACUAGUUUUAAUUGGAAAUGUUGAGCUUUGCGGGGGACUCCCACAACUUCACUUACCUGUCUGCCUUAAGUCCCACAUAAAACAAGUAGAGGAUCUCUAAUCCUAAAGAUUGUGAUCCCAAUAGUUUCCCUUUUAUCGUGCCUUCUCUUGCUCUUACUAUUUCUUUUCUUGUUUCGGCAACGAGAAUCAAGAACGAAAACAAAGAUUUCAUCAUCCUUGCCUGUUCCAUAUGAAGAGUUUCCGAGAGUUACAUACAAUGAUUUGGUCAGAGCAACAGAUGGUUUCUCUUCCGGUAAUCUCAUCGGAAAAGGAAAGCAUGCCUUUGUUUACAAAGGAACUCUUCAUGGCAUCAACAACACCAUAAUGAUGGUCGCCAUUAAAGUCUUCAGCCUCAACAUUAGAGGAGCUUCAAAGAGCUUUCUCUCUGAAUGUGAAUCACUCAGAAGCAUCCGACACCGGAAUCUCAUCAAGAUCAUCACUUCAUACGUGAGCAUUGAUUCACAAGUCAAUGACUUCAAAGCUCUGGUUUUAGACUUGAUGCCAAAUGGAAGCUUGGACUCAUGGUUACAUCCAGUGGAGAAUCAACAACAACAACAACAACAAAGUCCUCUGAGUUUGAUUCAAAGGUUGAAUGUGGCCAUUGAUGUUGCUGAUGCUUUGGAGUAUCUUCAUCACUCUUGCCAACCUCCAGUUGUUCACUGUGAUCUGAAGCCAAGCAAUGUUCUUUUGGAUGAUGACGUGAAUGCUCGUGUCGGAGACUUUGGUCUUGCAAAGAUCCUCAUGAACAACAACAGCAACUUAUGGCAGAGCUCCACAACCUCAACAGAGAUCAUCAAAGGAACCAUUGGCUAUGUUCCUCCAGAGUAUGGUUUUGGGAGUGAGGUGUCAACCAUGGGAGACGUGUACAGCUAUGGGAUCCUUGUGCUGGAGUUGCUGACAGGAAAGAGACCAGUUGACGAGAGUUUCAAGGAUGGUAUGACAAUGAGAAAGUUUGUAAAGUCUUAUGCUUUCUCUGGAGAGAAUCAUGGAGGUCAUGGAUCCAUCAAUGUUCUCACAAGAAGAUGA